GGUCGGAGAGAAGCAGCUCAGCUCUCCAUCAUCAUCAGGAGAAGCGAGCGAGGAGCGAAAUGUCAGCUGGGUCCGCGCUCCCUCCGCCGCAGACAUGAGUGCAGUCCCGCGCGCCUCUUCCCCCCGCAACAAGUCGCGCUCAAAAUGCGGAUCCGCUGCAAAGUAGCUGCGAUCGCCGCGUGCUGCGGAGUUUUCCUACUUUUCUACUUUUGGGGGAGCAACGCUGCGGACGAUCCGCCGCUGAAAGAAGUUGGAGACGAUCCGGAGGAAGAGGAGGAGAAUGAUGGCGAAUCUUUCUCGUCGCCUUCCGAGUACAGAAGCGACGCGGCUGCAAAGUUUGCGAGGAAAUCAGCCCGCGUGCGGUCGCGUGAGGAAAAAGAAACAGGAACAAUUAACAGAGGCGAGAAUAUAAAAAGUCUCUGGCGGAGUAAUGUGGCUCUACCUGUGAUCACCCGCCCCCGAGCUGAGGAGGUCAUGCAUCUGGCCGUGGUGGCCUGCGGGGAUCGUCUGGACGAGACCCUCAUCAUGGUUAAAUCGGCCCUGCUGUUCAGCCUGAAAAAGAUUGAGUUUCACAUCUUUGCUGAGGACGCCUUGACCCCACAGUUUGAAGAAAGGCUGAACCAGUGGCCUCGCUCCGUCUCAGCCAAGUUCCAGUACAGCAUCUACCCCAUCUCCUUCUCUGUGGGAAACGCUGACGAAUGGAAGAAGCUCUUCAAGCCCUGUGCUGCUCAGAGACUCUUCCUCCCUAUAAUCCUCAAAGAAGUGGACUCGUUGCUCUACGUGGACACCGACGUGCUGUUCCUACGGCCCAUUGACGACCUCUGGAGUCUCCUGAAGUCCUUCAACAAGACCCAGCUGGCAGCAAUGGCCCCAGAGCACGAGGUUCCCAGGAUUGGCUGGUACAGCCGGUUUGCCCGCCACCCUUUCUACGGCAACACAGGGGUCAACUCUGGGGUCAUGCUCAUGAAUCUGACAAGGAUCCGGAGCAGGCUCUUUAAAAACAGUCUGAUUCCCUCUGGCCUGUCGUGGGAGGAUCUUCUCCAUCCACUUUACCAGAAGUACAAGAACCACAUCACCUGGGGAGAUCAGGACCUCCUCAACAUUAUCUUCCACUACAAUCCUGAAUGCCUCUUCAUCUUUCCCUGCCAGUGGAACUACAGGCCGGACCACUGCAUGUACGGGAGUAACUGUAAAGGGGCUGAGGAGGAGGGCAUAUCCAUUCUCCAUGGCAACCGUGGAGUGUACCAUGACAACAAGCAGCCGGUGUUCAAGGUGGUCUAUGAUGCGAUACGUGAUUUUCCCUUUGAGGACAACAUGUUCCAGUCUCUCCUCUACCCCAUGCAGACCCAGUUCCUGGACACAGUCCACACCCUGUGUGGUCGGAUACCACAAGUCUUUCUGAAGCAGAUAGAGAGGACGAUGAGGAAAGUAUUUGAGGACAAAGUGGUCCGCCAUGUCCGACCACAUAAAUAACUGAUGGAGACAAGGGACGCCAGAUUGCUUUGCAUCGGCGGCAUUCACCACAUUACAGCUCCUGGGCGAGAGCCUUUAUGAAGAUCCUCGUUAUCCUCAUGAUGCUGUAACGUGUGGGAAUGUUGGACAGCUGCCGUUUGACCGUGUCUGACGGCUGCUGUUGGACUUUCCCAUCGGUUACUGACAUUAUUUUGCCUUGUGAGGACUUUGUCCGUCUCCAGCCUGUAAGAAGACUUUAAGUCAUCCAGAAAACGGUAGAAAGGUCGAAAACUUCAUUUUCGUUGUGUGAUGGCUUCGAUCCUUAAAGCCUGAGUUCCAGGAACUUCAUCUCAGAUGUUCUGAAUGUUGUAGCAGCAAAUAAGUAGAAAUGCGACUCUGAACGAGAAGAAUCCAGUUUUCUGUCUCCAGAUGUCAGGAAACAUACGACCCAACACACAAACAUGAAUGUUAACAUGCACUUUCUAAAUAAAACUGGACAGGUUGCUGUAGUUGUUUCUUCAACUUUCAAUGCAACAUUUACAGACCUGAGUCAAAGUGAAUGUGGGAGGAUUUCUUUCACAUGGUGAUGCCAUACGGCUGACGAUGCGCCUUAUGAAAGACAAGCAUGUCAUGUUUACCAUGAGAGAAAAAUGAGUGGUGCACAAGCGUGCACAUAUGUGUGUGUAUGCAUGUGUUUAUUUGCAUGUAUGUGUGUGUUAAGGGCAUAUGUUGGAUAUAUGUGGCCUGCCAUCAACACGUGUGUCAUGUUCAAACAUGGUUUUUAAUGUACUGUAAUGAUCUUCAUGCAUCUUGUCUGUUAAGCUGGAAACUGAAAAUGUCUCUAGUAUGUGGUAUAGUAUGUGGUAUUUGUAUUACAACCCCAAUCCCAACUAAGUCAGGUCUCUA